CGUUUUCGUUUUUUGCUUUCGCAGUCGUCGUCAUUAUUAGUUCUAAAACUGUGAAAAAUUCCAAGUGACUGAUGUAAAAGUGAAAAAAUAUGGCGAGUCUUGUGGGCGAACAGCAAAUUUCAUCAAAUAAUCAAGAAGCUGAACCAGUUCAGAAAAUCGAAAGUCGAGAAGGCAGUGUCGAACGCAAAGUGUGUAAAGACCGUGACGAGAAGCUAAAGUUUGCACGGGAUCGUCAAAAUGAAGAAAGACAAAGAAAAAUCGAAGAGCUAAGGGCGCAGGCGGAAGCGGCGCAACGAUAUCGCGAACAAAAAGAAGAGGAACGUCGCCGUCGCAUAGAGGAGAUAAGGCAACGCGACACGGAGAAGCGGCAUCAGGUCGAAGAACGUAAACGCGCCAUAACCGAGGCGGAAAAGGAGCGCCGGGAAUAUAUAUUGCGGAAGAAUCAGGAACGCGAUUCCCGCUUGGAAACAAAGAAAGGCCCCCGCAAUACAGUUGCCUUUGCCUUUGGCUCGUCGACACCACGCCUACUAGAGCCCGAUUUUGGACUGGUAUCGCCAAGCACUUAUUUGGGUCAUCGACGGUAAGUUUUCGAAGAAACUG